UGUGUAUCAAAAAAUAAUGGGGAAGUUAAACGUGGUGAUGCUGAGAUAUUUAUCUCGAGAUGACUUCCGGGUCCUCACUGCUGUUGAGAUGGGGAUGAAGAACCAUGAGAUAGUCCCAGUCAGCCUCCUGUCAUCCAUCGCCAGCCUCAGACACGGUGGCUGCAACAAGAUCCUCAGAGAACUGGUGAAACACAAACUUGUGGUAUAUGAACGUACAAAAACUGUGCAGGGCUACAGGUUGAACUACGGAGGAUAUGACUACCUGGCUCUGAAAACGUUGUGCUCCAGAGAAGUCAUAUUGUCAGUUGGCAACCAGAUGGGUGUGGGCAAGGAGUCGGAUAUAUAUAUAGUUGCCAGUCCAAAUGAGGAGCAGUAYGCUCUGAAGCUACACAGGCUGGGUCGUACCUCCUUCAGGAACCUAAAAAAUAAGAGGGAUUACCACAAACACAGAAAGAACAUGUCCUGGCUUUACCUCUCACGCCUCUCUGCCAUGAAGGAGUUUGCUUACAUGAAGGCUCUGUAUGAUCGAGGCUUUCCUGUUCCCAAACCUGUGGACUAUAACAGACACGCUGUAGUGAUGGAGCUCAUCAAUGGAUAUCCUCUGUGUCAGGUUCAUGAGUUGCAGGAUCCAGCUGCUCUGUACAGUGAGUUCAUGGACCUCAUUGUCAAGCUGGCCAACCACGGCCUGAUUCAUGGAGACUUUAACGAGUUCAACCUGAUGCUGGAUGACCAGGACCACAUAACUAUGAUUGAUUUUCCUCAGAUGGUGUCUACAUCACACCCUAAUGCUGAAUGGUACUUUGACCGAGAUGUGAAGUGCAUCAGAGAUUUUUUUGCAAGGAGAUUUAAUUACGAAAGUGAGCUCUUUCCAACUUUCAAAGACAUCAGGCGCUCUUAUUCUCUAGACAUCGAUGUGUCAGCCAGUGGAUUCACAAAAGAGCUAAAGACAGAUGUUGCAUUACUAGACCCAGCUGGACCUGAGCAAGAAAAUGAUGAAGAGGAAGAUGACGGAGAGGCUACAGACGAGGAGGCAGAAAGUGUCSAGGACAGUCUGGACAUAGAGGAAUAUAACCAAGUAAUGCUGGAACUGGAGGGAUUGAAAGUCAGUGAAUCCUCUGCAAAGGUACAAGAUCGGGAGGAGGAAAUCAGUAAUGAAACACAAGAAGUAACUGAGGCGACGUCCACUGCUGAAGCCCAGGACGAAACCGGGACGGGGUUUGAGGAAGAGUUGAAGGAAGAAGAGGACGAGUGCCCAGAGCUGACAGACCUUUCCGCUUCCAACAAGGAGUUUAAACCUUUCAGAGACUCGGACAGUCUUCAGCAGAUUGCAGAACAUAGAAGAAGAAGAACAGACAGCGAAGCCACAAUGGGCAGCAUCGGGAGCUGCUCCACCAUACCAGUUGAGGUCGUUCGUCAGAAAGUGCGCCGGCAGCUCAGCAAAGAGCAGAAGUCAGCACAGAGGAGGCGUCUGCAGAAAGGAGAGGCCAACUUGGUGACCAAAUCCAGAAGAGAGAACCGAACCACCAUCAAGUCCAGCAUUGAGAGCGCCUCCUUCUGGGAAUAAGUUGUAACGUCGGGUGGACUAUUGAUGGACAAAGAAUUMAUGUCAACAAGCUUUUGAUUCAUCUCCUGUGAAUAAUUUAACUACAUCAUGGAUGGGAAAAAAAACUAUCAGGAGAAUCACUGACACUAAUCUGUUUCCCACUGUUGUGGAGAAAUCAAAGAGGACUGACAAAAGUAAUUCACCUGAUUGUAUUUCUACUUUUUUCUGUUGAAACAUACCCUCCAUGAAACUUGUGGUCUGUUUUAUAAAAAGUCCAGUUAAAUUAUUGACCACUUAUUAUAUUAAAGGGGUGUUAUUUACAGUGUAGUCAAACU